GUGCACGAUGCAGACCCGGGUUCAGUUCAAACCAAUUGGGUGAUUAAGUGCUGAAGGUUUAAUGUUUCGCCUGCAGCGUUACAGUCAGCAGACUUCUCACAAGCAGAUCUCUGUCAGCCAGUGUGGAGAAUGGGCAGCGGCCACAGCAAGUUGUGCUGUUGUAAACCGAGAAAGAAGAAAGAAGCCCAAUCAAAACAACAGAAAGAAGUUUCUCAAGAAUUAACAGUACUUCGUGGUGAUGGUGGUUUGCCUGGAGCUGCUUGCAGUCCACUGCAGGGGGCAGAGACUGUUGCUGUGGAACUACACGAGAAGGAAGUGGAAAGGAUCAGAGAGGAGCACGAGAAGGAACUUGCACAACUCAGGGAAGACUUGGGGUCAACGCACAACACCGAGAAGCAACAGCUUCAAUACCUUCACGCAGAGGCCAUUGAGAAACUGAAAAAGGAACAGCAAAAGAAAGAAGGAGAGUUGUUGGACUCCAGAAUAGAGGAACUGAAAGCUAGCCACAGCAAGUACGUAGAGUCUCUCAGGGAAGAAUGUGAAAUUGCGUUAGCAGAGCUUGUAAAACAGCACAAACAGGAGAAAGAGUCGUUGACUGAAUCCUUUAAGAAAACCAACAAGUGCCUUAAGGAAAGGAUAGAGGAGCUUACAACCCAGGUCAACUCAUUUCAAAUGAAGACAAAGAAAAUUGAGGAUGCGAUAUCAAGAAGAGGUCUCAACAGAGAUGAUAGGAAUUUGCAACCACCAACAUUAUUCUGGGUUCAGGAACUGGAGAGCUUACACUUUGUGGUGGAGAUGAAGAAUGAGAAGAUUCAUCAGCUGGAUAAGCAAGUGUUACAGAUGAAGAAUCUGGUUGAAGGGAACAUUUUACUUGAGGAGAAAGUUAAAACACUUCAGCAAGAAAAUGAAGACUUGAAAGUUCGCCUGAAAAACCAACAGGCCUUUGCAAGGAAAUUAUCCAUGGAACAUGAGGCCCUGCAGCAGGCUUUGGAGAAAGAAGCUAUGGUGAAGGAGAGACUUUUUCAUGAGAAGGAAGAAUUGGUCUGGAAACUGCAAAGUGGAGAUGGCUCACGUCCUGGGGAGAUUUCAUGGGGGCAGCUUCACUCAGAGUCAAAAGAAACAUCAUUAAGGUGACAGUGAUCAGUGGACAAGCAGGAACCUUAACACAGAACUAAAAAAAAACCUUUUUAUAUUGUCUGAAAGAAGCUGGAAGUAUCUACCUCAGCAAGCUUGGUCUCCGGUUGUGUCAGUGGAUUCAGGAGCUGAGCUAAUUAUAAGCCAUAGGUGAAUUUUAGGAGAAAUGUUGCACUGUAUCUUUAAAGGAUACAUUACCAAUGCAUUGCCAUUCCUCAGGUGAAGAACAGAUUUGGAAGAAGGAACAGAUGAACUUUAUCUAAUAUGAUCACACUUCCUUGUCAAAAGAAAAUGCUGCAGAUCUUGCCACUGGAAUGACUUACUAAAAACCGGUUGCUGUUAUAUUUUCACACAGUUUCAGAUACCUGGAAAAGGUGUUGGUUUUGUCAAAAUGGCAACAGUUUGUGCUACUUCGUGAGAUUUGUCUUCCUUGAUGCAAGCGGUCACACAAAACCAACCUGGGUUUAUUUUAGUUUGUUGUUCAGAACAGUUUGUCUUUGCGAUCAACAGCAAGUGUAUAGACUAUGACAUUUGUUUUAUAAUUCAUGCAGCUUUAUUCAAUAAGGACCUUCAAAGCAGUCAAAAUGGUGGAUGGGAAUUGCAUAUUCGUCUGCUGUGGAGAAAAUUAUAUCCAUGUGAAAUUCUUGAAUAUUACACAGUGAAAACUGGGAUACAAAUUCAUGUUUAAUCACUAGACUUUAUUUGUAAGGAAAAUACAAUUUAAAUAAUAGGCCAAAUCUUGAUGUAUCAAUAUAAUUAUUUAUAAGAAUAUGAGAAAUGGAUAUAGCUGUAAGGGAAUCAAACCCUGCUGCUCGUCUGUCAUUCAGUAUGAUCAUAGAUGAUUCUUUACCUCAGUAGCAAAGCCUGAGGUUUAUUUAUUUACUUAUUCAAUAUUCAGGAUCCAUGAUUCACUCCAAGCUCAGUAUCUGUUACCCACCUGUUUCUGUACUAGAUCUUCUGAUAUGUAGGCAGAGCUGUAGUGAUGGUAUAAGAACAGUAAUAUAUUUCACAUAUGCACACUGCCCUUGUUAGUGGUAGAGAUGGUGGAUUUAGUAGAGAAUUUGAAAGACACCCUACAUUCUUUACCUGUCCCCUGAAGCAGGACACCAUUGUUCUCGCCAGAAUUUGCUACCCACACCUUCUACCUAUCACCUCCUAUCCUCUGUCACUAUUGCUGCUCUUCCCUCCUCCAUCUGCCUAGCACUUGCCAGCUCUUGCUCCACUCCUCCCCCUCACACACCUUAUGCUGCUUAUCUCCCCUUCACUCUUUCAGUCCACAUUAACUAUUUGUUUCCCCAUCACAGAUGAUGCUUGUUUCCAUUAAUCCUGCAUUUACUCUUGUCAUAUAAAAAAAAAUACUUGUUUCAAUCUCUUGUCUCGCUAAACUCUGGAGAACAGAGAUCCAGUCUGCCUGAUCGUUCCUCAGUAGAUAAUCCCUACAUUGCAGGAAUCAAUCUGAUAAACUUUUCUUGCUUACGUCUUACUCCUUGGGUAGUGAGACUAGAUUUUAUACGUGCUUUUCCAAAUGGAGUUUCCACAGAGUUCUAUGCAAUUACAGUUAGGUUCCAUAAAACACUCUUUAUCAUAAUUAUAGUUAGAAUAAAUACUUCUGUUUAGCUCAAUUUCAUAAGAUAUUUGUAGGUUUCAUUCCCUCACGCAGAAAGCUUUUUUUUUGGGACCACAGCCACUAUAGAUUGCUGUGUGCAUAUUAAAAUCCAGCAUGAGUUGGACUAUUGGUUGGAUUUGUAAGAAGUUUUAUUAUCUUUGGGAAGAUGGUUUGUAAUAUUGAUGGUGGUUAUAAAUAUUCUUGCAGUUUACCUGUGAUACAGGGAAAGCAUCUUCAGUUUUAUAUGCUGUCUGUGAUUUCUAUGCAAACUAUGAAGUGUAAAUUUUAACUGUCUCCUUUAAUUUGUAAAGGAGUUUACGAAUAAUAAACUCACACCUGUGAAACUGGUUUUGCCAUUACCAAACACAAUAUUCAAACAGGAUGUUAAUAUUUAUCUUGUAACUCCAGAAUCCACUGCACCAUUCAGUAAGGUUUAAUAAAAGAGACAAUCAGAAAAGUCAAGAAGUGUGUCAGUAAAUGGAAUAUAGUGCAGAUAUAUCUGAAAUAAUAGCACUUUAUUUGCCUUGUGGAUGGGAGGAUAUUGUGUUCAAUUUUUGUUGUCACUGAUGCAUAUUUAAAAUAAAUGAAUACCAAAACAA